AUGAAAUCACAUAAUGAUAUACCCCUAAAAUUACUGGAAAUACGGUUACUGUACAUUCUCGUCAACAUCGAUGCCUGUGAUCACCCACAUGCUCCGCCCCGCUUUGGGGCUGUUACACCGCUCUUCCAAGGCAUUGCCGUUGUAGGCUUCAACAUCCAGCUUUCCGAGUCUGUUUACUCCACCCCUCUCUUUUGCUCCGUUUUUGACCACCUCGAUGACAUUUCCUCCCCAGGGACCUCUACUGAGACGGGGACCUUGGACUUCUCUGGUCUUGUUGCCCACCUCAACGAGUAUGCCAUUUACCAGUAUUCGGGUUCUCUCACAACUCCACCCUGUACUGAGGGCGUGGCCUGGUAUGUCAGUGCUGAACCCUUGGCUCUUGACGUCCGGAGCUACAACAGGAUCAAGAGGGUGCUCAAGUUCAACUCCCGCUAUACCCAGAAUGCCCUGGGUCGGGAUAACUUGCUUGAGAUUGCAGCCGCGAUGUUGAAUUAG